AUGGCAAGAUCGAAUGCACUUGCAGAUGAAUUAGCGCUCGAGCGAGGUAAGAUUACCCGUUUGAUGUUUCAUCUAAAUUUAGACCUCCAACGAAUAAAUGAAUUGAUAUCGUACUUAAAGAAGACCGGAGAGCUCAACAGUCCCAAACUUGAAAUAUUUCAAGAGGUGCUACAAUCCAAGUUCUUCAACUCUGUUCGAGAAGUUUAUGAGAAUGUUUACAAAUCAACGGCUGAUUUAGAUGCAUCGCCAGAAGUAUGUGGAGCAUAUAAACUUCACCGCGUGUUUUAGCUUAUUGCAAGUGCGGCAGCAAAAGCUACAGUUGCGGCGUUUGCAGCAGCUGAAGGAUUUGCUCAUCCGAGGGUAGUUGAACUCCCGAAGACUGAUCAAGGCCUGGGGUUUAACGUGAUGGGGGGAAAGGAACAGAACUCGCCAAUUUAUAUCUCCAGAAUUAUCCCCGGUGGUAUUGCAGAUAGGCAUGGCGGAUUAAAGAGGGGAGAUCAAUUGAUUGCGGUCAAUGGGAUUGUAGGUUUAAAUAUUAAACUUCAAUGUUACCGAUUUUAGAAUGUGGAGCGAGAAGCCCAUGAGACUGCUGUUCAUUUGCUGAAAAACGCAAAGGGAACGGUUAAGCUGGUUGUAAGAUACACUCCGAAACUGUUGGACGAAAUGGAAAGACGUUUUGAUGAGCAGAGGCGUCGAGUCCAUCAACAGAGUCCGUCUUUCAGCCGAGCUGCUCAUUAA